UGUGACUAUACGCGAGCUGCAGAGAAUAAACGGGAUGCAGUCCGAUGCCUUAUAUGAAGGAGCGGUGCUGCUCGCACCUAAAGGCGCCAUCACCCCCCCUCCCCCUGACGUGCGCCCCGGCCUGCGCCGCACCAACCGUCUGCUCUUCUCGCGCCCGUGGGUCCGCCCUCCUGCCCUCGGCCAACCACAGCGCGACACGUGGCGCUACCACCCUGGCACACGGCCCCGGCUUAACCAGGCACAAGCGCGGUGGGAUGAGGCACGGAGGAAGGGGUUUCACCGGCUGCUGCAGGGUUGGCUGCCUCUGCGCUCGCCCAUGGAUGGCUGCUCCGCGUGUUUUGUGAGCAGCCCUUUUGGGCCCAGAUGGGGAUCCUUUCAUCGGGGCGUUGACGUGGCAGCCGAGGAGGGAGAGCCAAUCAGAGCGGCUAGGAGCGGGGUGGUGACUCACGUGGGAGAGAUGGAUGUGUACGGCAAUCUGGUCACACUGGCGCACGAGGCAGGCUUCACCACCCACUAUGCUCACUGCUCCAAGAUGCUUGUUCAGGCCGGGCAGAGGGUGCGGGCAGGGCAGGUGGUGGCGCUGGUGGGCAACACAGGCCGGUCCAUGGGGCCACAUCUGCACUUUGAAG